UCCUGCGCGAGCGGCAGUGCGCCUGCGCCGGGCGCCGGUCCGGGGUCUCCGAGUGUCGGGGUCCGCGUUGCCAUGGCGCUGUGCCCGGUGAUCGGGAAGCUGCUGCAGAAGCGCGUGGUGCUGGCCAGCGCGUCCCCCCGGCGCCGCGAGAUCCUCAGCAACGCGGGUCUGAGGUUUGAGGUGGUUCCUUCCAGGUUUAAAGAGAAGCUGGACAAAGCCUCGUUCUCCACCCCGUACGCGUACGCCAUGGAGACUGCCAGGCAGAAGGCCCUGGAGGUGGCCAACAGGAUGCACCAGAAAGACCUCCGGACCCCUGACGUGGUCAUCGGCGCAGACACCAUCGUGGCGGUGUCGGGGCUCAUCCUGGAGAAGCCGGCGGACAAGCAGGACGCCUACAGGAUGCUGUCCAGGCUGAGCGGGAAGGAGCACAGCGUGUUCACAGGUGUGGCCAUCGUGCACUGCAGCAGCAAAGACGGCCAGCUGGACGCCGAGGUCUCCGAGUUCUACGAGGAAACGACGGUGAAGUUCUCGGAGCUGUCCGAGGAGCUGCUCUGGGAAUACAUCCACAGCGGGGAGCCCAUGGACAAGGCCGGCGGCUAUGGGAUCCAGGCGCUGGGCGGCAUGCUGGUGGAGCACAUCCGCGGCGACUUCCUGAACGUGGUGGGCUUCCCGCUGAACCGCUUCUGCAAGAAGCUGGUGGAGCUGUACUACCCGCCCCGCCGGGAGGACCUGCCGCGGGCCAGCCAGGACUCCAUCCCGCCCGUGGACACCUUCGAGAACCUGAGCGACGUGGAGGCCGGCGGCUCGGAGCCUGGGCAGAGGGAGGCGGCGGCCGGCGGUGACCGGCAGGCAGGGGCCACACCCAAGGCCGACGGUUCCAGGACGGCGGAGCCACCCCCGUUCCCAGCGGACCUUCUCGAACUGAUAGACGGCUUCAAAGCAUCGAAGGCCCUGUUCACCGCGUGCAAACUGAAGCUGUUUGACUUCUUGAGGGACGAGGCGUCCCGGAAGGCUGUGGACGUUGCCGGCAAAGUGGACGCCUCUGUGUGUGGGACAGAAAGGCUCCUGGACGCCUGUGCCACCCUGGGGCUCCUGCAGAAGUCCGAGCAAGGUUACCGUAACACAGAGUCAUCCAAUCUGUACCUGGUGUCAGACGGCGAACACUCCCUGCACGACUUCAUCAUGUACAACGACCAGCACACCUGGAAUCUCUUUACGCACCUGGAGUUGGCCAUUCGAGAGGGAACCAACCAACAUCACGGGGCUUUGGGAACGACGGCGCCAGAUCUGUUCCAGGACGGCCCCCUGCAGAGCAAGGAGGACCAGCUGCGGGUCACGGGCGCCAUGCACGGCCUCGCCACACUGACCGCGGCCCCCGCGGCCACGGCCUUCGACCUGUCCCGAUUCUCCUCCGCCUGCCACCUGGGAGCCUGCACGGCCGCCCUGGCCCGAGAGCUGGCCCGCGAGUACCCGCGUCUGCAGGUGGCCGUGUUCGACCUCCCGCACGUCCUCGAGCACGCGUCCCGCUGUCAACCCGGCGGGCCGGGGACGGCGCGGAUCACCUUCCUGGCGGGUGACGUCUUCAGGGACAGCCUGCCCAGGGCCGAGCUGUACGUGCUGUCGGGGGUCCUGCAGGGCUGGCCGGAGGACGGCGUCCACACGCUGCUGCGACGGGUCGCGGACACGCCAGGGGCCGGCCUCUUGCUGGUGGAAGCCGUCGGGGACGUGGAGGACAGAGAGGCGCGGGCCGGCCUGUCACGAUGUCUGGACGCGCUGCUGCGGCCCCGGGCCCGGGAGAGGAGCGUGGCCGACUACCGGCGCCUGCUGGAGCAGCAUGGCUUCGGGGACGUGCAGGUGGCCCCCAUGGGGCACGGCCUGGCCGCGCUGUUGGGCACCAGAGUCGCCCGGUUAGACCGGGCAGUGCCGGCACUGUGUGGACCUUGUCCCCAGGCCGAGGGAGGCCCCGGCCCCAGACGCUGGUCUGCAGACAGUGUUAACACGAGAGACAACGUCACCAUGAUGACAGAAUAAACCGAGCAAAAGCCUG